CUAUUUCAACCGUGAUUUGAUUUGUUCAACUGUGCACAAGUAGCAUAAAAAAAUUUAGAAUCAAAACCAUUGUCUUCUUUUGCUUCUAGUUUUUUUCCACAGUAUAUCCUCUUUAUCACCUUAUGUUUACUAGAGUUACCAUUAUUAUAAUUUUUAUUUUCGAAAUAAGGAUUAGGUUUACUAACUGACUGAACAAUUUGAAGUUAGAUCUAGUCAGCUUGGCAUUCUUGCAUGAGAUUAGCUUGUCAGAAUGAUGGGCCUUUUGAUCACAUCUCGAGGCCAUAAUUUCAGAAUAUGCUAUUAGGAAAUAUAGUGGGAGUCUUGUGCACUGGGGACACCCUUGGUUGUUUUUAAUUAGGGGACUAAUUGUCUUUCAUGCUACUAACAAAGAGGUAAGAAUGAUUAAAUUAACGUUAGACUUUCUUAAGAGUAGCUGAGUGACUGUAAUUGCUCAGUCUGAAUUUGACUACAGCAAGAGUAAGGAUUUCCUCAGUUCCUACAAGGCAAAAAUUUUAUCCAAGUUCAAUCAUAUUUUAUAGAUUCAUUUUAUUUUUUUCUUUUUCAUCCAACUAUUAUAUAGUACAAUAACAACAUUAUAGUAGCCACAGAUGCUUAUUUUUCUUUUUUUAUUUGCUAAGUAACAACAAAAUGCUAUAGAUAUAUUUGAAUCUCAUUUCAUGUAUUGGUUUAUAUGAAAAUAUCUUGCAUGGAUUUGAUUCUGAAUGCCAAGAAAUAUUGGCGUUCUUUUGCACCUGCAACAAACAUGCCGUAGAUUUUCAUUUUCUUCUUGUGCUUCACCAAGCAAUGAAGUUAUGUAACUGUUUGCGUAUUCUUUCCCGCAAGUGAACGGAAUCGUAACAAGUAAUAUAAUGAUAAAUAGAGUAUCGUUCCCACGAGGAUUAGUUUUUGAUCCCUACUUUAACCACUAUUAACUUUAAUAAGCCACACACAAUUAAAAGAAUACUCAAUGGAAGUUUUAUAUUAACUAAAACCAACUCACUAAAUGGAAAACACAAAAUAAUUAUUUAGGUUUUGAAUGUAGAAAUCUAAUGCACUAAGGUUCAUGAAUCCACUGUAGUUCUUUAAUUGGUUUAAUCUUUCAGUGAUUGGGUUUUAUAAUUCUUGUUUUGAGCUGAAAAUCGACGAUCAUAAGUUAAUCAAAAGCCUCUCUUGAUGGUCAAUCGGAUCUAUGCUUACAUAUGAGCAGUGUUCGAAAAUUCGGCCUAGGCGGCCGCCUAAGUGCCGCCUAGGCGCUGAGCGGCAACCGGCCGCAUCGAUUUAGGGCUACUCGGUAGCCCUAUGCGCCAUGGCCGACUAAUCGGUUCGCGCCGCCGCCUAGGCGGACCAGGCGGCGCCUAACCGCCUGGGUCGCGCACGACCUGGGCCACCUAGGUCGUGCGCGUCUUGGGCCAACCUUUUUUCCCCCUCCCUUUCUCUAUUUCCCAAUCCCCUUUCCCUUUCUCUCUCUGGUUGUGUUCAUCGCGGCUCCUCUCUCUCUCUCUCUCGCCUUCGAUCUCUUCUUGGUUGUUCGCCACCGCCAUUGAUCUCUUCUCUUGGUCUUGCUCUCUCGUUGCUGCCGACCUCACCUGUUGCCUGUUGGUCGUUCUCUCUCGUCGCCGUUCGCGUCUUGCUGCGGUAUGUAUCCAACCAUCCAUCUUCCUCCGCCAACGCAAGCUUGCCUUUCUGCAGCAACUCAGCAGCAAGCAGCAACGCAAAGCUACUCAUGGCUCGCUUGCAUAUUGCUUGCUUGCUGCUUCAACGAGCAGCAAGUUGCUGCUGCUUGCUGCUCGUUGAAGCAGCAAGCAAGCAAUAUGCAAGCUUGCUGCUUCAAGCAGCAGCUGAUUUCAUUUCAUUUGAUGAGUUUUAGUUAAAUUUUAAUGUAUAUUAUUGAAAUUAUUCAAUACUCAGGGAAAAACAGGAGUCAGGAAGUGAAAUGAAUGAUUCGGAUAGGACUGGAAGUACGGGAGCAUCGUCCGAGGCCUCCUCAAUUCUUAAAAGGAAGUCAAAUGAUGUCGGAUGGGAGUAUGGAAUGUUAAUUGAUCCGAAAAAUAUGGAUAAAAUUAAAUGUAAGUUGUGUGGUAAAAUUAUGUCUGGAGGUGUUUACAGAGUAAAAGAACACAUUAGCCACAUUUCUGGAAAUGUUUCUGCAUGUCCAAAAUCUUCUCCAACAGAUCAAGCCAAAUGUAAGAAUGCUAUUGCCGAGGCAAAGAAUAAGAGGAAAAAUAAGAAGAAGGAGGAAGAUUUGAUGAGAUCAACUGUUAAUAUCUCCGAAAGAGUGGAAGGGGAUGAUGAAGAUGAAUUGCAAGAGUUAGGUAGCAGAAAAACGUCCCAUACUCUUGGCCCUAUCGAUAAGUUUGCAAGCUCCAUCAGCCCUGAAACUUGUUUGAGUGCGAGAAUGAGCCAAAGGCAACAAACUAUUAGUGAAGCACUAUUUAAAGAGAGAACACAGUCUGUUCGUGAAUAUUGUGCUAGAUGGGUGUAUGAAGCUAGUAUACCUUUCAAUGCGAUUGACAAUGAUAGCUUCAAAUUGUUUGUUGAGGCGGUUGGUCAAUUUGGGCCGGGCUUCAAACCUCCCAGUCAAUACCAAUUGAAGGAACCACUAUUAAAGGGGGAAGUUGACAGAAUAAAAGAGUUAUUGAAGAAGCAUGAAGAAGAGUGGGCACGAACUGGGUGCUCCAUUAUGACAGAUGCUUGGACAGAUAGAAAAAGGAGGAGCAUCAUGAACCUAUGUGUUAAUUCUAAUGCAGGUACUGCUUUCCUUUCUUCUAGAGAGUCUUCAGAUGAAGCACAUACAAGUGAACUUAUCUUUGAGUAUGUGGAUAAAUGCAUUGAGCAAGUUGGGCCACAAAACGUCAUCCAAGUAGUAACCGACAAUGUUGCCAAUAAUAUGGGAGCGGCAAAAUUAUUGAAGGUGAAGAGGCCAAAUAUCUUUUGGACCUCAUGUGCUACUCACACCAUCAAUUUGAUGCUUGAAAGUAUUGGAAAACUGCCGAAGUAUAAGAAAGUCAUUGAUCAGGCCAAGAGUUUCACAAUCUUCAUUUAUGCACACCAUAAGACCUUGUCCUUAAUGAGGUCAUUUACGAAGAAGAGGGAUAUAGUGAGACCAGGAGUUACUAGAUUCGCUUCUGCUUUCUUGACUUUACAGAGUUUGAUGGAGAAAAAGGCCCAAUUGAGGGCAAUGUUUACCAGCUCCGAAUGGGAGGAGUGUAAAUGGUCAAAGAUUGUUAAAGGGAAAGCAGCCUAUGCUACUAUGAUGAGCAUUGCUUUUUGGAAUGGUGUGACUAUAUGCCUUAAAGUUUUUGCACCUUUGGUGAAGGUGCUUCGAAUUGUUGAUGCGGAUAGAAAGCCUUCUAUGGGCUUUUUAUGUGGAGAGAUUAAGCAAGCAAAGGAAGAUAUUAAGGAGGCUUUAAAUAAUCUUGAAAAGAACUAUAAGUCUAUUAUGGAGAUUAUUGAAGCAAGGGUAAAAGAUAGGCUAGAUAGUCCACUAUAUUUUGCAGCUUACCUUUUGAAUCCCUACUACUUUUUCAAGGAUAUGGAUAUACAACUUGAUAAUGAAGUGAUGGAUGGGCUUUUUAACUGUGUGGAGAUGUUUUAUCAUUAUGAUGGUGAAUUGCAAGGCCAUGUUAUAAAUGUUGAGUUGCCAAAGUAUACUCGUAAAGAUGGAGCUUUUGGAAAAUCGUGGGCAACUCAAGGGUGUGCCAAAAAUGAUGACAAUUAUAAUCCAGUUACAUGGUGGAUGACUUAUGGAAAUCAAACUCCAAACUUGCAACGAAUGGCGAGAAAGAUUCUCUCGUUAACCACUAGUUCAUCCGGUUGUGAAAGAAAUUAGAGCACUUUUGAAGGGGUUAGUGUAUAUAUGAAUUAUAUUUAUUUACUAUCAAUUAGUUAUCCUUAUUCAGUUAUCAUUUAUAUUGAUAUUGCUUUUAUUUUAUUUAUGUAGAUACAUACGAAGAAAAGAAAUAGACUAGACGUGAAUCGAUUGAACAAUCUAGUCUAUGUUCAAUUUAAUGCGAAAUUGAUGAACAAGCACAAAAGGGAGAAGGAAAGGAAUGUUGAUGUGCUACUUGCUAGUGAUGCUAGUAAUGCACAAGGAUGGAUCGUUAAUGGAGAAGAUGAUGAAGAAGUUGAGCCUGGUACGGGACUCACUUGGGAAGUGGUUGGUGAAGCAUCGGGAGCAGACGAGAUGCUUCAAGCUCGAAGAAGUUCUAGGAUGAGAGAGCUUCAUGAAGAUGAUUUUCAAUCAGAAGAAGAAGAUGAGCAAGAAAUCAAUGAAUUUGAUUUUGAGUCCGACGAAGAUCGUGUAUUGGAAGAAUAUGGAGAGGAAGAAGACCAAUUAGAUAGUUAGACUUAGAUUCUUCGGAUAUGGUUUAUGUUGUAUUAUUGCUACUUCUACCUUCUUGAACUUAUAACUAAUAUAAUAGUUUAUUUUUUGAGUCUUAAUUCCAUUAUUUCACUUGUCUUUUCAACUUUGAUUUACCUGAAAAUAAUAUCAAAUUACAUCAAAAGGUUUUUAGAAAAAAAAAAAAAAAUCAUUUUUCCUAGUCGCCGCCUAGGCCCCGCCUAGGCGCCCUAGGCGCUAGGCCCCAGCCUGGCGCCCGACUAGCGCCUAGCGCGUUUUUGAACACUGCAUAUGAGAUUAAGUAUCUCUAAUUAAUCUGCAAAUAUACAAACAUGCAUUUAUCCACACUGAUCAUCUAAAUAAGAUUUCACAAGGCAUAACGGUAUCUCUACCUACCAUUGAACCUUAUGUCAUUUAUUAUCAAGUGCUAAUCUAUAUUGAAUCUCUCAAAAGCAAUAUAAAUCACAAACACGUUCUAAGGGCGGUCAAGCAUCAAAAUGGAAUUAGUGCAUAACAAACGAUCAACCCGAAGGACAAGAAUAUAAUAAAACCCAAAUACUUUUAAUUAAACUAUCAUUGAACUAGGUUUCAUCAAUCAUCCUAGCCACAAAGUACUUAUCCUAACAUAGUUUCAACCAAUGAAAGAAUAAUAAAAACAGAGUUCAUGAUGUUGGAGAGAAGAAAGAACAGAAAAAUACAACUAAAACCGAAGAUUUUCAAGAAAAUCUCCUUCUUCCUCGACUUGCUGUCUUCUCCUUCUCCAAAAAGCUCCUAAAUCUAUCAAGAAUCCUUCCUUAUAUAGUGCUUUUUAGGUCUCCAAAGUCGUGCCCCUUGAGAGAGCCCAUUUCCACUUGAUUUGAAAGGAAAUGGGCUCAAAACGGCCUUUUCGCGAAGCUUAGAGCCUUACCGCGGCCUUAUCACGGAACGCUUUCCGCGGUAAGGUCGUGAGCCACAUAAUGAAAAUCUUGUCACGGGCUUACCACAGAAUGCUUUCCGCGGUAAGAUCGUGAGCCACAUAAUACUUCUUCAACCACGGCUUUAUCACGAAAUGCUUUCCGCGAUAAGGCCGUGAGCCACAGAAAACAAUUCUUUCAACCCUACCAUGCAAUGCUUUGCGUGACAGCACCGUGAGCCGUUUUUCUUUGAUUUCCAACACUUCACCAAUGACGUCAUUCUUUCGGUGCUUUGAGACGUCAUCAUCCUCGACCCCGAAUGGACCUUUGACCUUGCCUUUACUGCCAUUUUAGCUCCAAAAAUGCGACAUCAUCAUCACUUUUUGCUCCAAUUGUCUUCAACACAUGCUCCACAUAACCAUAUAUAUACAUAACCAUAUAUAGAACCAAAUCAAGUAGAAAUCAUGCUCAUUGAAUGUAUAAAUGCUAAGUUUAUAGACUAAAAUAAGUGUAUAAAAGACACUUAUCAUUAACCAUAGUGUAUCUGCUUGUUUUAAUUUUAAUACAAUAUUUUAAUGGAUGGGCAUGUUUACCAAUCUUAGAAACAUCAGUUAGAGCUAAAAAGACAUGAGCUUAAGGAAGGGAUCUGCUUAGGUUGUGUAUUGGCAGGGCAGUUGAGCUUAAUUUUACUUCUUGUGCCAUCUGACUUGCUUGGUGGGCUGGUAGUUCUAUUUGAGUCCUAUUUUGUUGGACAGUCUUUUAGAAUGUGCAAAAUUUGGGAAAGUUGAACCAGAAAAGGGAGAGGAUCAAGGGCUCUUGGUUUAACUAGUCAAACUAAAUUUGGGCUUCCAGAAUAAUUAAUAAAUACAAGUAAUUAUAACUUAUACUUGCAUAUUGAAGUACAUCAAACAAUAUACUUGCAAAGUGUUGCACUUAAUAAAUUAACAAUGUAUAUUAGAAAAAUAUAUGUAUUCACAGCAAUUAUAAUCUGAAGAUUUUAAGUUAAAUAGAGUAAAAACUGAAUAUAUGUAAUGUAAGUUCAGUAAAAAAUAAAAAUGUGUGGAUGAUAUUAUGGUAAAAUUGGAAGAUCAAAUCAUACCCAAGAAAAGACCAAUUUAGGUAUCUUGGAUCAAUCAUCCAAAAAGAUGGGUAGAUUAAUGAGAAUGUUGUUGUUACCUAUAUAAUUAAAUUAACUCGGGAUGGUUAAAAUGGAAAUGUGCCUAUAGUGUCUUAUGUGAUAAUAAUGUUCCAUUAAAGGCUUAGUAUGUUGUUUUUUUUAUUUUGUUCCUACUUUAAUUAUAAUUCCUAGUUGAUAUUAUUAUGUGAGUAUCACCAUAUAAAUACCUCUCAACUGCAAGAAUUAUUCAGAUUUUGAUAUUGAUCUUUGAACACAAUUACUAGAUUCCUACUCAGUUGCUCUCUUCAAUCUGGUUCUUUCUUCCACUGUUCUUUGUUGCUAUUUCAUUAUUCUGUCAUACUUUUCUGUACCUAUUGUAAAUCCGGAGCUUUCUCUCCACCUCCGUUUCUAUUUCUUCUUCAGCUUUCUGGUACUGCCAAAUUUGUUGUCAUCCUUGAGUUGAUUCAAUCUGAAAAUUAUGAUGUAAUUCUUUCAAGUCAUUGUAGACCUGUCAUCAAUGCAUCUAGUUCGAGUCUUGCAGUAUAGCUGGUUACAAGACCUUUCACCGUUGUGUGAAGGUUUUUGUACAACUACGACAUAGUAGACCAAAGCCAGAGCUUUCUCCCUUGCUCUUCUUCUUUAUCUUUUGGGUCCAACACCAAUCUUAUUUCUAUCUUGAUCCAAAAUUCUUCGAUUUCCUGCUAUAGUAAGUGCGACCUGUCAGGAUUUAUUAUGAACGGACUGAAUCCCUUACAUUUGGUUUGUAUGU